CAGAUUUAUCCCCUUUGCUGGAAACUUUUCUGUGCACAGCGUAACGAGGCGCGUCCGCAUUGCCGACAGCGCGCAGCCUGCGGAGCGGUAAUGCACGUGUGGCUGCUAGUUUUUUCUUCUUUUUCUACCUCCUCCUCUUCUUCUUCUUCAUCCUUGGCGGGCUUCGAUCACGCACCGUAGUGCAGUAGUUUUGCACUGACCGGCUCCCGCAGUGAAAGCUGCGAGUAAAUAAGCUCGGACGGAAAACCGCCUUUGGACAAAAUGCGGGCGCUAUUUAGGGUCCUGAAUCCUCUUCUUUUAAUGUUGCUGUUCGGAUGCUAUCCUUCCCUGACCAUCGGGCCCCAGGAGGGCUGGCAGGUGUACAGCUCGGCGCAGGACGCAGACGGCCGCUGCCUCUGCACCCUGGUGGCCCCAGAGCAGGGCCUCUGCUCCCGCGAUGCCAAGAGCCGGCAGCUCCGGCAGCUGCUGGAGAAGGUACAGAACAUGUCACAGUCAAUAGAAGUCCUGAACCUGCGGACACAGCGGGAUUUUCAGUACGUCAUGAAAAUGGAGAACCAAAUGAAAGGACUGAGGACAAAGUUCAGGCAGAUUGAGGCCGACAGGAAAACGUUAAUGACUAAAGGAUUCCAAGAGCUGAAGGAGAAGAUGGACGAGCUGCAGCCGCUGAUCCCCGUCCUGGAGCAGUACAAAACAGACGCCCGGCUCAUCUCGCAGUUCAAAGAGGAGAUCCGGAACCUAUCGGCCGUGUUGACAGGCAUCCAGCAAGAGAUCGGCGCCUAUGACUACGAUGAGCUCAACCAGAGGGUCAUCAGUCUGGAAACCAGGCUGAGGGAGUGCAUGAGCAAACUCACAUGUGGCAAGUUAAUGAAAAUCACAGGCCCCGUAACAAUAAAGACGUCUGGCACAAGAUUUGGAGCUUGGAUGACUGAUCCACAGGCGUCGUACAGGAACAACAGGGUUUGGUAUAUGGACAGUUACACCAAUAACAAGAUUGUCCGUGAAUACAAAUCUAUGUCAGACUUCAUUUCUGGAGUAGAGUCGAGAACCUACAACCUUCCUUUCAAGUGGGCCGGGACCAACCACGUGGUCUACAAUGGUUCUCUGUACUACAACAAAUACCAGAGCAACAUCAUGGUGAAGUACAGCUUUGAGACAGGCCAGAUCCUCACCCAAAGGGCACUGGAAUACGCCGGCUUCCACAAUGUCUACCCGUACACCUGGGGGGGGUUCUCGGACAUCGACCUCAUGGCCGACGAGCUGGGCCUCUGGGCCGUGUACGCCACCAACCAGAACGCCGGCAACGUCGUCAUCAGCCAGCUGGACCCCGACACCCUGGAGGUCCUGAAGACGUGGAACACAGAGUACUCCAAGAGGAAUGCGGGCGAGUCCUUCAUGAUCUGCGGUACGCUCUACAUCACCAACUCCCACCUGACUGGUGCCAAAGUCUACUACUCCUACUCUACCAAGACAUCAACCUACGAGUACACGGACAUCCCCUUCCACAACCAGUACUUUCACAUUUCCAUGCUCGACUACAACGCCAGGGACAGGGCGCUAUAUGCGUGGAAUAAUGGCCAUCAAGUGCUUUUCAACGUCACGCUCUUCCACGUCAUCAAAACCACCGAUGACUCGUAG